CGCUGCGAAAGUUCAUAUUUUGUGUAUCUGCCGAACGUGUAUUCCUUGAUUUAAUCUCGCGUGUGUCAAGGAUACGAACACGAGCGUGCCAGGAUGAAGAACGGAAAUCAAAUCUUAGCGGAGGCCCUGAAGGAGCAGGGCUUGACUUAUGUCUUCGGCAUCAUGGGGCAUCCUGUGAUUGAUUUGGCUCUAACUAUGCAAUCCGUCGGUAUGCAGUAUUUAGGUUUUAGAAACGAGCAAGCCGCUUGUUACGCUGCACAAGCUUACGGAUAUCUAACGAGAAAACCUGCGGUGGUGUUAUGUGUCUCUGGUCCAGGAUUGCUGCAUGUCAUUGGCGGUAUGGCAAAUGCGCAAGUAAAUUGUUGGCCCGUGCUUGUACUAGGAGGAUCUUGUCCUGAGGAUCACGAGGGUAUUGGCGGAUUUCAGGAGUGGCCACAGGUCGAGGCAAGUAGACCGUACUGCAAAUACGCGGCAAGGCCGGCAUCACCUAUGCUCAUACCGCUGCAUGUCGAAAAGGCUGUACGACUCGCUACUUAUGGUAGACCAGGCGCUGUUUAUCUCGACUUACCCGCUACAUUAUUGACCCAAAACGUGAACGAAAGUAAAAUUGCAAAGAUUUUACCCUGUUCACAACCACCACUGUUAUAUCCUGAUGCGAAAUUAAUUCAGCAGGCAGCGAAUUUAUUGAUAAAGGCAAAGAAGCCUUUAGUGAUAAUUGGCAAAGGAGCUGCUUACGGUCAAGCCGAAGACCCGGUGAGAGAACUCAUCUAUUCAACAGAUUUACCUUUUUUACCAACUCCAAUGGGAAAGGGUGUUGUACCAGAUACGGACGAGCGUUGUGUUUCUAGUGCGCGAACCUACGCCUUGUUACAUUCCGAUGUCAUUUUAUUGCUGGGUGCGAGAUUAAAUUGGAUGUUGCAUUUUGGACGGCCACCAAGAUUCCAAAGCGAUGUCAAAGUCAUACAGAUCGAUUUGUGUGCCGAAGAAUUGCACAAUUCCGUACCGUCUGCUGUCGCUAUACAAUCCGACAUUGCACCCGCAACAGAAUAUCUGACAAAUACACUGAAAAGUCGGAAAUGGCGUGUUGACCGAAAUUAUUCGUGGUGGAAGGAGCUCGUGGCGAAAGCUGAACAGAAUAAGCAAGCAGUUCAUCGAAUGUCGAUGGAUACCAGUGUGCCUCUGAAUUAUUAUACUGUAUUUAAGCAUAUUCAAGAUAUUAUACCAAAAGAUUGCAUUAUUUGUUCCGAGGGAGCUAAUACGAUGGAUAUUGGACGAACUAUUCUCUUGAACAAUCUACCUCGUCACAGACUAGAUGCUGGAACGUUUGGCACUAUGGGUGUAGGGCUUGGAUUUGCAAUCGCAGCUGCCCUUUAUUGUAAAGAUAAUGCGCCGAAAAAGAGAGUAAUUUGUGUAGAAGGGGACAGCGCCUUUGGAUUUUCUGGCAUGGAAAUUGAAACUAUGUUUCGUUAUAAACUACCGGUUAUUAUUAUAAUCAUAAACAAUAAUGGUAUAUAUGGCGGUUUUGAUAAGGAAACUUUCAAACAGAUACAGGCAUCUGGAGACCCUACUCAAGUGACACCUCCAUUUUCUUUAACAUCUGAAACUCAUUAUGAGAAACUGAUGGAGAUGUUUGGCAAAAAAGGGCAUUUUUGUACUACUGUGGAGGACAUUCAACAAGCAUUAAAGUUAUCUCUCAAGGUGGUAGAUAGUCCCAGUUUAAUAAACAUUGUAAUUGAUCCACAAGCAGAUCGAAAGAAACAACAAUUCAGCUGGCUAACAGAAUCAAAAUUAUAAGUUUAUGUGCAACAGGUGGUAUAACACUCAAUAACAGCACCAUUCUGCAAUUCUAGUUUCUUUUUUGAAGAAACUAUUUUAAUAGAUCUUUAAUUAAUAUGAUUUUAUAAAUAAUAUUUUUAAGUAAAAUACGAGUCAUAGAGAUAAGAAUUAUUUUAUAUAAUACAUAAUAUCUAUCACUUCAGGGAAUUUUUUUAGCUAUUAAUCGAUAAAGUUGAUUCAUAAAAAUAUAUAUUAUGUAUAUUGAAUUAUCAAAGAACAACAGGUAUCGAGUGUACAAAUGUACAAUGUAUAAUACACAUAAAAAAUGUUUGAAAA